ACGAGGAGGGCGGGAGUACCGCGCGUCCGAGCCUUUGUGUUUCUCUUCUAAUAUCUCACAUAUCAAUAAUUCAGCGCGCGAGCAGACGGACCCCGCGCUAUGUAUUCAGCUGUGUUUCGACUAGACAAGGGCCUCGUUCCGCUCUCCACGGGUUAUUCGAUUAGAGCGUGAGACCAGAAGGCGGGGAGCGCGAUCUGACAAAGCAAAUCCGCACGCGAAAACAGGCAACGAGAGGGAUAAGGAAUCUCCAAAAAUAACAAAAGAACAAACUGAAAGAAAAGAAAGGUCUGGCUUCGCUAUAUAUACCGGAGAAAUUAUAGACAAGGAGAUUAAAUCAUUUCAAAAGAAAAGAGAAAUUGUUUAAAAGAAACUGGAUGAUAUAAAAUAUAGCAGUGCCAGCGAUUCCAUUACCGUCCAGAAAGAAAGCUCCGAUUAUUUCGCUCGGGAUACCGCGGCCAGGUGCAGGUGUGAAGUUGCCGUCAUGUUGCUCUUUCUCCUGAGUGCGACGUGCCUGGCGGGAUUAGCGAGCGCUCAGAAUGAGACCGAGCCCAUCGUGCUGGAGGGGAAGUGCCUGGUGGUCUGCGAUUCCAACCCAACUUCGGACCCGACCGGGACGGCGCUCGGGAUAUCUGUGCGCUCCGGCAGCGCCAAAGUGGCUUUCUCCGCCGUGAGAAACACCAACCACGAGCCCUCCGAGAUGAGUAACCGAACGAUGGUCAUCUACUUUGAUCGGGUACUAGUGAACGUUGGAAAAAAUUUCGAUGAAGAGAGAAGCAAUUUCAUCGCUCCGCGGAGAGGGAUAUACAGUUUCAAUUUCCACGUAGUGAAAGUAUACAAUCGCCAAACUAUCCAGGUGAGUCUGAUGCACAAUGGGUGGCCGGUGAUCUCCGCCUUCGCGGGAGACCAGGACGUGACUCGCGAAGCGGCCAGCAAUGGGGUGCUGAUCGCCAUGGAGAAGGGGGACCGCGCCUACCUCAAGCUGGAGCGAGGAAACCUGAUGGGGGGAUGGAAGUACUCCACUUUCUCAGGCUUCCUGGUCUUCCCCCUGUAGAGGAGGAGGAGGAGGAGGAAGAGGAGGAAGAGGGACUGACGCUCCUCAACCGGGCGGUGGAGGAGACAGGAGAGGAAGAGAGAGAGGGAGAGAGGAGGAAAGAGGGAGGGAAAAGAGGAGGCUCUCCUAUACUCGCUUACCCCCGCCUGAUUACAGCUCUGGACAGCCAAAACUUUUCUACCUUCAUUUAAAUAAUAAUGUCCACCCAUGAGAGGCCCCCCCGUCGCUUCUGUGCCCUCAUCCACGCCCAAAGAGCCGCUGCCCCCCCCCGCGCCCCCCCCCAUUUGCCUUCCUGUGUCUCUCCAGCACCCCACCCCACCUGCGCUCUUCACCUCCUCUCAAUUCUGGAGCAUCUUUUUUUUAACAUUUUCAUAAAUAUCUGAGAUCCGCCAGGGGUCCAGUGUCCUGCUGUUGUGUUUCUUCUUCACCCUGCUGCCGCAGGUGGUGACGGCAGCGCUCUUGCUGUGUACUGGAUGUAUAAAAUCCUACCGUUUCUUUAUGAUAUACGCUAUGAUUAUCCCGAUCUGGCUGAAUAUCUGUAUUUCAGUAUUUCAGUGUUAAUACUUAGUGAUUGUGUGUGGACUCUGAGGCUGCCGUUAAAUACUGAUGCUACUUGUUUUUGUUCCGGUCAAAUGUGGCUAAACUAAAAAUGACACCAGAAAUCUAUAAAGGAAUUUUAUUAUUAACUGUAAUAUAUAUGUGAAUAUUUAGAAGAACCAAAA